AUCGUUUAAAAAAUAACUGUGUCACAGGGUUGCCCUUCAAUGUAGUUAUCGCGGUAGCCGGUUACUCUUCGUUGUCGAGUUCAUUCAUUUCAUGCGUGCUGUUGCAACUAGCCAGUAAAUACACAACGUUAAUUCAAGAAAUACAUUGAUUUACCUGAGACACUAUGGCUGCCAAGAUAUUGCCUGUUCUAAAGUUGGCCUCUAAGGUGACCAUUGCAGGAGGUGCUUUGUAUGUUGCCUAUGAUUCUGGACUAUUAGGGGAAAGUGAGCAGGGCUCCGAGGUCCUUGGAAAAGCUAAAGCUGCAAUUCCCCCUGCAGUGGAUGAGUGGGUGAAGUACUUUGGCUUUGAGCUUCCAGCUUUCCCUAAAAUUGGAUUCUCCCCUGUCGAAGCUUGGAACUCAGGGGUGCAGUCAUCCAUAUCUGCUCUCUCAUCGGGCCCUACAGCAUUAGGUGACUACACCAACCAAGGCUUGCAGUACCUGAAAGACCUCACCAAAUGAAAAGUGACAUGCAACUAGCAGACAUUUUAAGAACCUAAUUUCUGUUUUGGAUGGGUCCCUUCGCAAUCACAACCAAAUCCUCAGGAGUAACACGACUGGUGCAAAUACAUACAGCCCUCCUGUAAAAGUAACUUGCUUGCUUUGAAUGCAUAGCACAUCAACUAGAAAAUGCAGUGGUACAGUAAAUUCAGUGGAAUUAGGCUAAGGCCAGUGUUGAUUUGUGGAACGUGUAGUUACUGAUAAUGCCAGAUUAUUUGCAUUCUAUUGGGUUGACAGUAAUUUGUCAACACAAGCAGAUUACAUUGCUUUAUGCUACUUUGUGAGUAAAAAAAUGACAGAAUCUGGAUACCACAGCAAGACCUGCACCCAAGAGAAAUCCAAUUAACAACCAAUGGACGUUUAGUGUUAUGUCUUGUGUGUGUAUACAUUGUUAAUUGUAAAAACAAAAAUAUUUAUCUCAAGACUGAUAUAUUUAGGAUGUUCUGACUUUGACCUGAUUCCAUAUCUAUCCCAUCCAACACAUAUUUUAUACAGAAAGAAUGUCUAUUGUUUUGUGUGUGUAUAUAUAUUUCACAAUUUACAAGUGUAAAAUAAACCUAACCAUGUCAGAUAUGA